AUGUCUCUCAAUACCGUCACCGGCGGCCUCGACAAAGGCCUGCCCACCAAAUCCGUCGACAACCUGACCGCAGGAACCGUCAACAAAACAACCGACCAGGUCAACAAGACCACCAAGGACGUCACCGAUACCUCCCUCCCCGGUGCAUUUCCGUCGGACGAUCGCAAAGAUGACAAACAACCCGCGCCGGAGAUCUCCCUCUCGGCCAUCUGGUCUGCCUUCACGGGCUGGAUCGCCUCCUUCUUCCCGAACCUGAUGGACCGCUUCGAGAACUGGGUCAAGGGUUGGGUGAUGUGGCUGCUCCCGCCGCCGCGGCAGGCGCAGCUGUACGAGGCCGCGCUGAAGCGGCCCAUCGCGUCGACGUUUCUCGUCUGCCAGGCCGUCUGCUGCGGCGUCCCGCUGCUGGUGUUCCUGGCGGGCGUGUUUGUCUUUGCCGCUGUCGCGAUCCUACUGUGGGCUGUGCUGUCGUUGUUGAUCGUCGGGCCCAUCCUGCUGGUGGCGAGUAUGAUGGGGAUAUCGCUUUGGGGAUGGGGUUGGGUUCUCUACGGCUUGGUUAAGUGGGUUGAUCAGCGAUUCCUGGGCGGCAUGAUCAUGCGGUUUUGGCUUUCCAACGCACCGCAAUCGGACGGCGGCGAGAGUGCGUCGCAGGGGAAGAGUGAGAAGCGGCAAGGAAAGCCCGAGAAGCUGAAGAAUGCUAAGCGUGAGGGGAGGAGUGAGAAGCAGGAAGAGAAGAAGGAUAGUUGA